AUGACCGCUAGUUGUUUUGACGUCGGCGCCGGCGGCCGACACCCACGUGCGUUCAAAUCGCGCCGCAGUCUGUGCGCGGCGUUGCUCGCGAACCGUUCGUCCGCGCCGCGGCGUCUUUCGUUAUGCUAUCGAGUCGCGGCUCGAAGGACAAUCGAUUGUUCGCAUAAACCACCGUUGAGUGCUAAUAGUUCGGUAACAAUGAAGAGGGACGAUACACAGUUUGCCAUGACGAGAAGCGGGUCGAGGCCGUCGCGGCUGCUGACGGACAGCGUGUCGUCCAGUGACGAGCCGGAAACUGAGCGCCUGUUACAUUCGCAUCCGCCACCAUCAAUGGUGGUCGGUUGCCGUCGGGGAUCCUUGACGGCACCCCCGUCGCCGAACGACUUCCGCAAGAAACGCGAACGGCACCACAACUACAUGAACCAUUUGCAUCAUCUGAUACACUGGAGGGACAGAUGGAGUGGCGAGCCCAAUAAGGCGCAAGAGGUAGAAAUCGCAUCGUUUUUGCCUCCUAUACACCUGUGU